AUGCUUCCUCUCACCGGGCGCGCUGUCUCAAGCGCUUUGCAUGCGCGACCGCCGCCGGCGUCACGUUUCUUCCGACCGCAGAAUAUCUCACGUCUUUCAACAUCAGCUAUCAAAUCGGCGACAGCUCUCGAACGGCAGGGGCAGCCUGGUCAACAUCUCACUGCUUCUGGCAAGGUACGAAAGGAGGUACCAUUGCCCAGUCAGGAGAAAAAGGAGGGUGCGAUGCAAUAUGUGCUGACCACCCUUGACCAAGUUGCCAAUUGGGCACGACAGAGCUCACUUUGGCCCAUGACGUUUGGGCUUGCUUGCUGCGCCGUGGAAAUGAUGCAUCUUUCGACACCAAGAUACGAUCAAGAUCGCCUGGGAAUCAUUUUCAGAGCCUCUCCUCGACAAUCCGAUGUAAUGAUUGUUGCUGGUACCUUGACAAAUAAGAUGGCACCCGCUCUUAGACAGGUUUACGAUCAAAUGCCUGAUCCGAGAUGGGUUAUCAGUAUGGGAAGUUGUGCGAACGGUGGAGGAUAUUACCACUAUAGCUACUCUGUCGUUCGUGGGUGCGACAGAAUUGUCCCUGUGGACGUUUAUGUCCCUGGAUGUCCGCCUACAUCCGAGGCACUGAUGUACGGAAUUUUUCAACUUCAGAAGAAGAUGAGGCACACCAGGAUCACGCGCAUGUGGUACCGUCGUUAG